UCGACCCUGCGGAGCGCCGGGGCUUUUCUGGUGUAUUGGAGUGGGCGGAGCGCCGCGGCGGCGGGGGGAGCGGCUUCGUGGUUGGUGGCCUCGUCCUCCAGCUCGAUCCGAUCGGCACACAGUCCUAAGUUGGGUUUCCAUGAGCUUAUGAGAGUGAUGCUGUUAUUGCCAUAUUUCUAUAGCUUCUAGCAUCUCCCAAUGUUAUGCAUGUACUGGACUUACCCUUAAAAGACGGAAAUGCAGAAGUCUGAUCAUCAUGAGCAGAAUCUUACUUCACCAAGGGGGCUAAUCCAUAAAGUUCUGCGUCGCACAAGUAGCAGGCGUUCUCCAACUGCAGCAGACCAUAACCCUUCUCCUGUAUUUCUGGAGACAAGCAAUUCAAAAUUCUUAAAGCAAAAGGAUAUUGAUGAUGCCAUCAAGGAUCCAGAGAAGGCAGGCACACCUGACAACAGAAUUGAAGAUGAGAAGUCGGAUUUGUUAGGAUACGAAGUUUGUUCUGGGAAGCUUACAUUGGAUAACAAAGCUAAAAGUACCUCAGGUGAACAGUCUGGAUCAGGGUCUAGUAGCAAUUGCUUUGAUGCUAGGCUCACCACUGAAGCCUUAGUAUGGGGUUCUAAUAUCCUUAAGCUUGAGGACAUUGUAUCUGUGUCAUAUCAUUCUGGACUCCGUCACUUCACUAUACAUGCAUGCCCUCUUGAAAAAAGAUCUAGUGGACUUUCCUGCUUUAUGAAGCCUAGAAGAAACCAAAAGGACUUACGUUUCCUAUCCACCUCUCCACAUGAGGCUUUUCGGUGGGUUAAUGGUUUUGCAGAACAAUGCUAUGUAAAUCUGUUACCUCACCCCAUGGCAUCUAGCAAGAAGCAUUCAUCUGAACUCAUUCCAUUUGAUAACAUGUUUGAUCCAUAUGUUAAAUGCCGGUCUCCACCAAAGAUACUUGUCAUCUUGAAUCCUCGAUCUGGACAUGGUAGAUCUAGCAAAGUUUUCCAUGGAAAAGUGGAACCUAUAUUUAAGCUUGCAGGUUUCAAGAUGGAAGUGGUCAAAACCACACAUGCUGGUCAUGCAAAAUCUCUUGUAUCAACAAUAGAUUUUAGUACCUGUCCAGAUGGAAUUGUAUGUGUGGGUGGCGAUGGGAUUGUUAAUGAGGUUCUCAAUGGUCUUCUAUCUAGAGAUGAUCAAAAUGUGGCGUUAUCUGUUCCAAUUGGUAUAAUACCGGCAGGGUCUGAUAACUCACUUGUUUGGACGGUAUUGGGUGUUAAAGAUCCAAUUUCUGCAGCAAUGUCGAUUAUCAGGGGGGGUCUUACACCCAUUGAUGUUUUUGCUGUUGAAUGGAUUCAAAGUGGGACUAUCCAUUUUGGCACAACGGUCUCAUAUUUUGGUUUUGUUAGCGAUGUUCUUGAACUCUCAGAGAAAUACCAGAAGCGUUUUGGUCCUCUCCGUUACUUUGUAGCUGGUUUUCUGAAAUUCUUGUGCUUACCAAAGUAUAGCUUUGAAUUGGAGUAUCUUCCAAUACCAGAUGUUGGUGGUGGUGAUCAUAAAAUUGUGGAAGGGCAAGAAAAGGUUGAUGCGUCAGACCUCUAUGAUGAUGUAGUUCGGAGGUCGAGAGCAGAAUGUCUACCACGUGCCUCAAGUUUGUCCAGUAUUGAUUCAAUCAUGUCUACAGGCAUGAUGUCAGGGGGAGAUCUAGAGGUUUCAAGUCCACAUGCUAAUAAUGAACCCUCUGAACUUGUUCGUGCACUUGACCCGAAAUCAAAACGCCUAUCAUUAGGGAGAGCAAGUACUUUCAAAGAACCGGAAGAAGUGAUCCAUCCCCAGGCUCAUGUUUCAUCAACUCCCAGCUGGCGAAGGUCCAAAUUAAAAUCAAGGGCAGAAAAGGCAUGGCCAGGCUCGAGUGCUACAAAUGAUGCAAAAUCGUCUCGGGGUACCACAACACAUGACAAAGAAGACACGUCCUCCACAAUUUCAGAUCCUGGGCCUGUGUGGGAUUCAGGACCGAAGUGGGAUGAUGAGCCUAAAUGGGAUAAUCAGCCUAAUUGGGAACCAGAGACUUCCAUUGACCUACCUGGUCCAUUGGAUGAUAUUGAACUUGGUCUGACUAAGGAGCUAGUCCCAAGCUUAGAUGAAAGAUGGACAGUUCGGAAAGGAUGCUAUCUUGGUGUACUGGUAUGCAACCAUUCAUGCAAGACAGUGCAGAGUUUAAGUUCUCAGGUUGUUGCUCCGAAGGCUGAAUACGACGACAAUUGUCUGGACCUACUGUUGGUUGGUGGAAGUGGAAGGCUGCGGUUACUGAGAUUUUUGGUGCUUUUGCAGUUUGGAAAGCAUAUUUCUCUUCCUAAUGUGGAAUAUCUAAAGGUUAAGUCUGUGAGGCUUAAGGCUGGGCCCAAUACACAUGACGGAUGUGGUAUUGAUGGCGAACUAUUGCAUGUCAAAGGGCAAGUUCGAUGUAGUCUGCUGCCUCAGCAAUGCCGAUUGAUCGGCAGGCCAGUAAAAAAUCUUGUACAGUAGCUGUAAAUACAUGACUCCCAAAGUCUGCACAGCGCUCAAGUUUGUCCCUUAUCUUGUUCAUGUACAAUCGGCAAAGCUGUGGAAUUUUUUGUCCGCGUCCACAGAUCUAUAGCAGUAGUCAGAGGUCAGAACAGCUUUGCUGACACCCUGCUUCUGAGGUGUACACCGUGUGCUUGGUCAUAUCUACAGUCAGAAGUCAGAGCAGCCUUGCUGACACCCAACUUCAGAGGUGUACAUCGUGUGCUUGAUGAGCAAAAGUGCCUGGUGGGGUGAUGUCUAUCCAAAUGUAAGGCCUAUCUGGAGUCUGCACUGCGGCUUGUUGUACAUCAAUUGGCUUCUCCUUUUUCACUUUGCUGGUAUCUAAUACUACUACUAUAGAGUAAUCUUGAAACGGUGUACUUGCAUUCAAAACAACACAGUGGCCAUCCCGAGUAUGUGCGGUUGUUGGUUGGAGGUC